GGGAGUAAAAUAUUUAUUCAUGGGAUUCACACAAAUGUCUUAGAUCUUCACAUUUUCUCUCUGCAAUUCCUAUAUAAGACUUAUGCAAUGUUCUGGGCUGCUGGACACUGGAAGGCAAGUUUAUACAAAGGAAUUAUCAGCUCACAAUGCUAUGCUUCCUCCCAGCCUUGCUUGUGGCUAAACAUACUCCUCCUCAAAGAAAAUGAAAGUGCUCUACAACUUUGGCCCAUUGUCUGGUGUUCUCUAGUAUUUUUAAUGCAAUUCAGUUAUUUGUGGAAUGAAACCAUGGAAGGACAAUUUCCUGCAGAUCAGAUAUGGCACCAACUGUGAUUUGACAGGGUGCUAACUCUGAUCUCUUGCUGGAUCCAAACCUCCAUCUGAAAGGGGUCCUGACAUUAUUACUUUGAUCUGAAGAGGCCCAGGUGGAUAAAGGUGUUGGAUUAUAUAAGGAGGAAAUUGAAGGCCUGAGAACUCAGCUUGUUAAAGCCGAAAUGGCAAAAAUGAAACAAUCCAAAUUGUUUGAUCGAGAAAUGGCAAAUGCCAAAGCUCUGGCAGAUCAUCGGGAGGAACAGUUAAGAAAGUUGAAGGAAGAACUUCGUAAAGCAAGACAAGAACAGGAUGCAACAGUGAUGUUUAACGAAGACCCUCCUCAGCCAUUUAAACCAAUUACUUGUGGUGGUGGUAGUGGAAUUAUACAGAAUACCCAUGUGCUAGUGUUAAAAUCUAAGCAUGCCAAGCUGGAAAAGGAAUACACUCAACUCAAGAAAGAACACGAACUACUGUUGACAAAUGAGCAUCUCUUGAAAGAAGAAGUUCAGAAAUGGAAGGAGCGAGCUGUGAAGAGGAGGGAGCGAGCCUUGGGAGACACAGUGGAGGAGCAUCAAAUCAAAUCUCCAAGGAAAGCACCAGCUUCAUCACUUUUGGCACUGCCAGCCUCUCCCUGCAAGGAGUGCUCCAUGCAGCCCAUUUUGCCUUUGGACACACCACAGCCGAUGCCAUCGAACAGCCAAUCGGUUUUUUUUGAUAACUCGUGCUUAGGGAUUACUGCAAACACAGAAUCUUGCAGAGCAGAAUCUGAAGAAAAUAACUUCAACAACUGGCUUUCAUCAGAAGAUAAAGCAGAUGUUUCUAACUGCAAGACUCAGUAACAGUCA